CAGCUCCGUGUCCAACGCCACUCGGUCCGAGAUGGCGGAUCUCCACCGCCAACUGCAGGACUACCUGAUGCAGGGUAAAGCGAGCAGGUCGGCAGGCGCGGAGCCGCUGCUCGGCGCGAGGGCAGCAGAGGAGCCUGCGGCAGGGGACAGAGCUGCCGAGGCAUGGCUAGGCAGCAUGGCUUUGCGAUGGCCAUGGGCACGGAGCCCUGCCGAGCCGCCGCCCGCGAGCUCGCGGUGCAUCCCAAGCGUGACGCGAGGGCAGCGCCUGGUGGCGGGCGGCCUGUGCCUGCUGCUGGCCGCGCUCUGUUUCAGUCUGGCGGCGCUCUACGCGCCGGUGCUGCUGCUGCGCGCGCGCAAGUUCGCGCUCCUCUGGUCGCUGGGCUCCGUGCUGGCGCUGGCGAGCGCGGCGCUGCUGCGGGGCGGCGCGGCCUGUGGGCGCCUGCUGCGCUGCGAGGAGACGCCUUCGCGGAGCGCGCUGUGCUACGCAGCCGCCUUGGGCGCCACGCUCUACGCCGCGCUGGUCCUGCGCAGUACGGCGCUGACGGCGCUCGGCGCCUGCGCACAGGUAGCCGCGCUGCUCUACGCGUUGCUAGGGCUCCUGCCCUGGGGCGGUGUGACCGCGCUGCGCCUGGCGCUUGGUCGCCUAAAUCGCGGGACGGGUCUAACCAACGCGCUUCCGGUGUGACGGUCCCAGUCUCGAGGAAGAGAAACCAGCCAGGCUAGGGACACUCCACGGUACCCAAGCGAACCAGGACAAGGCAUCAACCGGACUGCGCGGCGGAGUCUGUGCGACUGAAGCAGCUGUCAAGAACUGAUGCACUGGCGGUUCAAGACCCUUUGGCUUCAGUGUUCUGCGGUUCUGGGUCGUAUGGGCCACGAAAAAACCUGAUUUAACAGUGCUCUGGUGAUCACUAUCAUGAACUGCUUUCGCACCAAACUGGCUUAACACGGACAUCAGUUUUAGCGAGGAUAAAAGGAGAAACGAAUAGCCUUUUGACGUGGCUGCUUUUGGAGGAACUACCUUCUGCCUUUUGUCAUUUAAAGAAAUGCAGGAGUAUGUUUGGUUGAGCAGAAGGUUUCAGUUCUGCUGCAGCUUUUCAAAGCCUCCUUAUUCCUAUUCACUGUAAAGCAAUCCAGAUUAUCAGAUUAAACAGUAAAUUUAACCACUGGAUUUAAAAUAGUGAUUAGUUAAUACAUUCUACCUCAUGGCUUUUCUUCAGUUAAGAAGUAAAUACGGUGCUUUAUAAUAUUUAAGUAUAAAUAUUUACUUGUUAAAGCAAUAUUCUGGACCAAAAAGCCAGAUAGCCAGUAUGAGUGGCAAAAUUUGCAAAGGUUUCUGCAAAAGGAAUCCUAGUUGUUAUGAUAGGUUUGCCAAGUUUUCAUGAUUCCUAACAUUGCUGCUUGUUAAAAGUCCUACACAGUUUGAUAGUAAUGUUGUGGAAAACGCUUUUCAUACAUAAUUGCAGUAUUUCCUUCUAGGUUCAGCAGGUAGUUGUUUUGUGGUGCUAGAGCGAAUCAGCACUUAAAUCUAUCAUAAUUUAUUGCCAAAAACUUGGUUCAGUAUUGAGCCUUGAUACACUAGAAAGUAAAGGGUGUUCUGCUUAAAAUGUCACACCAGUGGUUCUCACACUAGACUGGCAUAUCAAAAUACUGGAGAAGCCACAUCCCAUCAGGUCACUUAUAAUACUGAUGGAUGGGUCCCAAUAUUAUGUAUAAUAUAUAAAACAUACAUAUUCAGCUGAGGUUGAGACCCAUAUCUGUGCACUGGAUUAUACAGUGUCAAAGUAAUUGUUUUCCAGGCUGCUCCAAUGUUGCCUUAACAGGUUAGGUCAAACAGUCUCCCAUGAUGUGAUCCUGUGCUGGCCAGUAUCUGGAUUUCACAGGUUUCCAAGACAACUAGCCUCUACAGCCCCUAGUUAUCCUUCUGCUAUGCUCUCCAGGCGGUAAAUAAAACUACCCACCUCUCUCAGGAAAGGAAAUACUAUUUUCAAGUAGUGAUGUGCAUUUUUUAUGUUAUGUUCAAGAUAUUAAAAUUCUGUUUCCAACAUUGUCUCAAGAAUUCAUUACUUGAAAAUAAGUUUUAUAAAAUUCUAAGCACAAUAUUUUACAUUUUGACAGUAGUGCUAAAAUGCUAUCUGUAGAUAUUUAAUGUCUAAUGUAGAGGUUCUGUUGAUAAAUGAAUUCAUUCUUGAACCAUGACCUGGGUGGUCUCUGGACUCCUGUAUAGUUUCAUGAACUCUGAUUUUAAGGUGUUUAUAAUGUUAUGCCAGGGGAGUGCAGUCGAGGAAUGCAGCUUCUAAUGGUGUGAGUGCUGACAUAUUUAUUUUUGAAAUUUACUAGAAACCUUCAGGUUCUAGCAUCCAAAUAAUCACCAUUUCUUCACUCCAUACACACAGAGCUAGGGAAGCUUUCUGUGCACUGACUGUGUCGGCAUCUCUUUUUUAAGCCAACAGAGAGGUCCAGCACCACUCAACUUGCCAAGUAAACCUGUCUUCGUGUGCCAAACAGCUGGUAAUGCAAUGAGAGGUUAGUGGCUCUAGGAGUGACUUUUACAAAGGCUUUCUGAGAAAGACAGUGGUCAGGGCUGAAGCAGCAGCUCGGUGGUUAAGAGCAUUGGCUGCUCCUCCAGG